AUGAGCGACCCACCUCGAGGGUCGCACGAGGAUGCGUGCCUCGGCGCACUGUUGCACCGCGAGGCGAGCGAGCGGGAGCUGCCCGUGAGCUACCUCGCGCUGCGCCGCUGGGAGCACAACUUGUUUUGGGUCAACUGGGCGGACCGGACCAGCCUGGUGUCCGGAAACACUCUCUGGGCGCACUACACCCGCUCGGCCGAGCGGGCGGACUACGUCUCCUCCGCUUUCCGCGCCACCGCCGGCGAGGCGCGCGACCCCUUCCGCUGCGGCGGCUGCGGGGCGGGGUGGGGGUGGUCCCCCCCACACGCGCGCAUCUCCUGCUGCGACAAGCCGCCGCCGCCGCAGCGGCAGCCGCCGCCGCGCCGGUUCACCGACGCGGGGCCGGCGAGCUGCGGGCUGGGCGGCGGCGGCGCCGCGCUGCAGCUGGCCUUUUGGUCCGAGUACGGCGACGUCGACCCGCGAUACGCGCUGCGGCGCGAGAUCAACGCGCACGGCGGCGCGGAGCGGCGGAGGCGCGCCGGCGUCGAGGCCUGCUUCGUGCUGGGCAUGCGGCGGCGGCACGACCCGACCAGCCCCUUUAACGUUCGCGCGUGGCUCUACUUCGAGGCCGGCCGGCACGGCGAUGUCGACCUCUCCCCCCUCGAGGCGGGGCGCGGGCUCUGGCCGACGCGCGGGCAUGCCGCAAUCGAGUGGUGGAGGCGAGCGGCGGAGCACGCGGCGGGCGAGCAGCCGGCGCGCUUCUACGCGUUUGGGGCGGUCGGGCGUCUGCUCUCGCUGCCGCCUCCGGAGCUCGCGCGCCUGAUGAAGCCGUUGCUCGAGGGCGGCGACCCGCCCCCCGAGACGCUGCAGCUGCGCCAGAAUGCGUCCUCGCCGCGGCACAGCCAAGGGCGCGGACUCAUCGCGCUGCCGGCCGCGCGGAUCGCAAAGUCGGCGGCGGCCGGCCCGGCGGGCCACGCAGUUGGGCGGCCCCACCACCCGCACCACCUCUGCUGCGGCAGCUCGUCGCGGCUGGCGCUCCUUCUCGGCCGCAUGCUCGCGUGAGGCGCCUCACACGGGGUGUCCGAGGCAUCCUUCAACAACGGCCGCGGUCCGGUCUUCCGCGGCGUGAGUUACCGCGCUCCCACCCGGUUCACGCGCGCUGUUCUCCGUCGCGCGCAAACCAUUCAGGCACUACUAUGGUGCCGGCGGUUAAAUUUCGCUCUCACAUGUAAGCCCGACUGCUCACAAAAUUCAGUAAGUAAAAAGCCGUAGAAGAGCC